AUGGUGGGCGGUGGUGGCGUGGUGGUGGCGGUGGCGGUGGCGCCGAGGCGGCGGCGAGCCGAUCGAUCGCCAAGAGCAUCGGCUCGGGUUGACAUUGUGAGGGCCGCGCUGCGGUCGUCAGCCUACUUAUGCGUUGAUAGCUUAUCAGCGAUAAGUGCCUCGGCGCGCAUUCUUCGAAUACCUCAUGCGUUUGGUGCCAUUAACAAUUUGGAUUUUGGUCUUAGCGCGAUCGACUGCAUAAUGAUGACUCUACUGUUGUCACGUUGG